AUGGCGUCACUCUCAACUAUGUCAAGUGUUUUGGAAAAGUUUAAUCUCGGCUGUCAUAUUGAAAAAUUUAGAGAAGAAAAAAUCACUCCUGAUAUAGUUUGCCAUCUUUCAUUGUAUGAAUUCAAUAAGUUGGGAAUCAACAACGUCAGCGAUGUGAUGGCUUUGCGAAUUGAGUGUGCCAAAUAUGGAAUUGGAAAACCAACAAGCCAGCGAGAUGAAUUUGGUAAUUUGAAAUAUGAAAUCCCAAAGGAAGUGCUUCAAAGUUACCUUGAAGAAGAUUUUAAAAUUUCAGAAAUCGCGACAAUGUUUUCUGUAUCGCAAAGUACGAUAUAUCGCAGAAUGAGAUUUCACGGUUUAAGUAAAUUAGACUUUUCUGAUAUUUCUGAUGAACAGUUAGACACCUAUGUGAGAAGUAUUGCAAAAGAUUUUCCAUUAUGCGGGGAGGUAAUGAUUAAUAAGCAGCUUCUCAGGGGAAAGGGUAUAAAAGUUCAAAGAAUGCGAUUACGCGAUUCUAUUCAUCGAGUAGAUGAAUGUGGAGUUCAAGCAAGAAAAAAAGGAAGAUUGCAUUGUAGAGUAUAUAACGUCAAAGGCCCAAAUCAAUUAUGUCAUGUGGAUACCAAUCAUAAAUUG